CUGGGAGUUCCAGCAUCUACACAGGUGGAAGGGCUCAGAGGCAGACGCACAUUUCCUGGCCUGGAGAAGGUCCCGCCCGCCUGCCCCUAUGACCAACAUGAGCUGGAGCUUCCUGACGCGGCUGCUGGAGGAGAUCCACAACCACUCCACCUUCGUGGGCAAGGUGUGGCUCACGGUGCUGGUGGUGUUCCGCAUCGUGCUCACGGCCGUGGGCGGCGAGUCCAUCUACUCCGACGAGCAGGCCAAGUUCACCUGCAACACGCGGCAGCCGGGCUGCGACAACGUCUGCUACGACGCCUUUGCGCCCCUGUCGCACGUGCGUUUCUGGGUCUUCCAGAUCGUGGUCAUCUCCACGCCCUCGGUCAUGUACCUGGGCUACGCCGUCCACCGCCUGGCCCGCGCGUCUGAGCAGGAGCGGCGCCGCGCUCUCCGCCGGCGCUCCGGGCCCCGCCGCGCGCCCCGGGCCCAUCUGCCCCCCGCACAGCCCGGCUGGCCGGAGCCUGGGGACCUGGGCGAAGAGGAGCCCAUGCUGGGCCUGGGCGAGGAGGAGGAAGAGGAGGAGGGGGGCGCGGCCGAGGGCGCGGGCGAGGAGGCAGAAGAGGCGGGCGCCAAGGGGGCCGGCGGGGACGGCAAGGCCGCGGGGGUCCCGGGCCCAGCCGCGCAGCACGACGGGCGGAGGCGCAUCCAGCGGGAGGGGCUGAUGCGCGUGUACGUGGCCCAGCUGGUGGCCAGGGCGGCCUUCGAGGUGGCCUUCCUGGUGGGCCAGUACCUGCUGUACGGCUUUGAGGUGCGGCCCUUCUUCGCGUGCAGCCGCCAGCCCUGCCCGCACGUGGUGGACUGCUUCGUGUCCCGGCCCACCGAGAAGACCGUCUUCCUGCUGGUCAUGUACGUGGUCAGUUGCCUCUGCCUCCUGCUCAACCUCUGCGAGAUGGCGCACCUGGGCCUGGGCAGCGCGCAGGACGCCGUGCGCGGCCGCCGCAGCCCCGGGGCCCCCGCGCCCGCCCCCGCGCCGCGGCCCCCGCCCUGUGCCUUUCCUGCCGCGGCGGCCGCGGGCCUGGCCUGCCCGCCCGACUACAGCCUGGUGGUGCGGGCGGCCGAGCGCGCGCGCGCGCACGACCAGAACCUGGCGAACUUGGCCCUGCAGGCGCUACGCGACGGGGCGCCGGCUGGGGACCGCGACCGGGACAGCCCGCCCUGCGCCUCGGGGCUCCCCGCGGCCUCUAGGGCCCCCCCCCGAGCAGGCGCCCCCGGGUCCGGGUCGGGCAGUGCCACGUCGGGGGGCACCGUCGGGGAGCAGGGCCGGCCGGGGGCACAGGAGCGGCAGGGCGCCAAGCCCAGGGCCAGCUCCGAGAAGGGCAGCGCCAGCAGCAGGGACGGGAAGACCACCGUGUGGAUCUGA